AUGAAUGAGAUUCAUUACACGAUGACCACGACUUCAAGUAAUAACGCCUUCAAGAUCAACAGUACUACGACUUCGGAGGACCCUUUGAUGAUGAAGGCCAAGUUUAGUCAUCGUCUCCAUGUCCCCAUCCUCCGUGCAGCAACUCGCCAACCGAUCCACAAACAUAAUUUUACAAAUACCCCCAUCUCGGCAAUCAUUUUAUCACUCAACUCUUACGGUGCAUUCCUCCCCUUGAUCAGUGAAUCUGUUUCGACUUUUAGAAAGAUCCCGUAUAACAGUCGAGGUACCUCCAACAAUGUUUUCGACCCCAGCAACCCCUCUAACAAUAAGCAAGCGAUGCUUGACUGGCUCCGUAUCAACCACCCAAUGACACCUAUAAAGUCGAACGCCAACAAAGCAGAGGUAGCAAAGAUUGUACGAGAACAACAACCUCAAUUCUUUCCGAACCCAUCUUCAGACGCCCCAGCUCAAUUUAUCGCACAAGAUAUCAAACCUCAGUAUCCUUCUCUCAAAAAUCUUCCAGCAUCUUCUCUCAUGAAUUCUCAAUUGGCUGAUCAAAGUGGACAAAUGGCAAAGCGUGCUGCAUCCCAGGACUUAGUUCCUGAUAAUCCACAAAAGCGAAUUGGAAUUGAUCCCGAUGUAAAGGUUUCUGGUAAGACACGCCCUGUUUCCAAGUUGACCAAAAAGAAAACAGUGGGUCAACAAAAGUCUUCAAGCCGACUCAAGCCGUCAAAGACAAUGCCUGGUCCGCCUAAUUCAGAGUUACCAACUUCCACAAAAAAUUCUAAACCUUCAAUGCAAUCAGGAACAAUCCUUCCCGAUUGGCGUCACGGUGCAUCCAUCUCUUCCUCAAAAACGUCUUCGCUAUCCGAUGUCAGCAAUCAAGAAGAAAGACAAGAGCUCGAAGCGCUCAAGAAGUCAAUCUUUUCACCCCCAGUCAAUCAAGUAAUUACAGUGUCACAAGCUUCAAAGUUCAAAACAUCCCAAACCGACUCGGAAUCAGCCAUGGCAAAUCCUUUUUUUGAAACUCACACUAGCAAACGAGUUGCUGAUUCGAUUGGACCGAAAACUCCAAACAAAACCAACGCCAAAGGUGAUCUGAAACACACUCCAUGUGUUCCUGAAGACAUGGAUCUCAUUCAUUUUUCCGAUACAGAAGUGUUUGAAGUUGGCAAUCUGGUGAUCGGGCGAGAUAUUCCAGCAAUUGAUAUCGAAACAAACCAUAUUUCCCCAAAGAAGAAAUCGGGUGUAGAUGUCUUCCGAGAGGAACAGCAACGAGAAGAAAAAGUUCGAACAUUGGAGGAAAGAAUUGUCAAGCUUGAAACCUCACUGGGUGCAAUCGACAAGAGCCUCAAUAAACAGCUAUUCGAAGAUUUGCAAAAGCCUCAAGUAGAUGCCAGUGUCAUCACCCACCAUUCAUCUCUCCUUGAGCAAGCCAGGGAAACAAUUGAUUCACUUGAGUCAAAGGUUGCCACUCUGGAAGUCCGAGUAACUGAAUUCCAACACAAUCUAGACUCUGCUCAUGGAAAAAUCAAAGCUCACGAGCAAAUAAUCCGAACGCUUUUAGAAGGAUGCGAAAGCAAUAUGGAGGAAGAAUAUGAUUCUGAUUCUGACGAUGAAGAACUCGAUCACGACAGCAACAAAUCUAGUGACUGA